GACACUCUCUGUGUCUCUGCCUCCCUCCCCGGCACCCCUCGCCGUCGCCGACUACCGGAUCAACACCAGGUCAGCCCGCCGCAAAACCUAGAUCUCGCUGCCGCCGGCCGGCAUGUCCUCCGGAUCCGCGUCCCGCCACGGGCGCCUCCUCAUCUCGCCGUCGCUCUCCACCCCGACCUUCUCCACCCGCUCCCCAUCGCCGUCCCCCGCGCCGCACCACCACCACGAGCGCCGCAACUCCACUUCCUCCCCGAAGCCCCUCGUCCCAUUCCCCUCCUCCUCCUCCAGGCCCCGCUCCUCCAUCGGCGGCGCCGCGGCGUCGGCCUCGUCCGCCUCGGGCGCGGCGUUCGCCCACAACGCGCGCCUCGCGGCGGCGCUGGUGCCCGCCGCGGCCUUCCUCCUCGACCUCGGCGGGCUCCCGGUCUUCGCCGUCCUCGCCAUCGGCCUCGCGGCCGCCUACCUCCUCGACGCGCUCCAGCUGCGGCAGGGCGCCUUCUUCACCGUUUGGGCGGCGCUGCUCGCGGCCGACGUCGCCUUCUUCUUCUCCGCCUCCCUCUCCUCCGCAGCUGCCGCAUCGCUGCCUUUGACCGUCCUCGCGCUGCUCCUCUGCGCCGAGACCUCCUUCCUCAUCGGGGUCUGGGCGUCGCUGCAGUUCCGAUGGAUCCAGCUCGAGAACCCCACCAUCGUGGCCGCGCUCGAGCGCCUGCUCUUCGCGUGCGUGCCCAUUGCCGCGCCUGCCCUCUUCACCUGGGCUCUCGUGUCCGCGGUCGGGAUGGCCAAUGCGUCCUACUACUUCGCCGCGUUCUGCAUGGUGUUCUACUGGCUCUUCUCCAUACCUCGGCCGUCCAGCUUCAAUAACCGUAAGCUGGACGCCUCGGUGCAGGACAGUGAUGGCAUUCUGGGCCCCUUGGAAAGCUGUGUGCAUUCGUUGUAUCUGCUGUUCGUGCCAGUGUUGUUCCACGCUGCAUCCCAUCAUGCCACGCUCUUCACCUCGUGGGGCAGUGUGUGUGAACUGCUGCUGCUGUUCUUCAUACCAUUCUUGUUCCAGCUCUAUGCGUCCACUCGGGGUGCACUGUGGUGGAUCACAAGGGAUGCCCGCACAAUGGAUCAGAUAAGGAUCGCGAAUGGGUUGGUUGCACUGGUCGUGGUGGUGCUGUGCCUUGAGGUGCGAGUUGUGUUCUACUCGUUUGGAAGGUACAUUCAUGCUCCACCACCACUGAAUUACCUGCUUGUCACGGUCACAAUGCUUGGUGGCGCUUUGGGCCUCGCAGCACAUGCUGCUGGCAAGGUUGGGGAUGCGGCUAGCUCAGCGGCUUUUACAGUGUUGGCAGUGCUAGUCAGUGGAGCAGGAGCUGUAGUCAUUGGAUUCCCUGUGAUGUUCCUUCCACUGCCAAUGAUUUCUGGCUAUUAUGUUGCAAGGUUCUUUACUAAGAAAAGCUUGUCAUCAUACUUCACCUUUGUGGCAAUUGCAAGCCUGAUGGUCCUUUGGUUCGUGGUGCAUAAUUAUUGGGAUCUGAAUAUUUGGAUUGCUGGCAUGCCAUUGAAGUCCUUCACUAAGUAUGUUGUUGCAGCUGUUAUCAUGGCAAUGGCUGUUCCUGGUUUGGCACUUCUCCCAACAAAACUUCGCUUUCUUCUGGAACUUGGUCUUAUUGGUCAUACAUUGUUGCUAUGCUACAUCGAGAACCGAUUGUUCAACUAUACCUCCAUGUAUUACUUUGGAUUUGAAGAGGAUAUCAUCUAUCCUAGUUAUAUGGUUUUGAUUACAACCUUUUUGGGCUUGGCUCUUGUGAGGAGAUUAUAUGUUGAUCAGAGGAUUGGGCCCAAAGCAGCUUGGAUCUUGAUUUGUCUAUAUUCAUCAAAACUAUCAAUGUUGUUUAUGACAUCAAGAUCAGUUAUAUGGGUUUCAGCUGUUUUGCUACUUGCUGUUACUCCCCCUUUACUUCUUUACAGAGACAACUCCAAAGGGACUGCUAGGAUGAAGGUCUGGCAAGCUUAUUUCCAUGCAUCUGUCAUAGCAUUUUCUGCCUGGCUCUGUCGGGAAACAAUUUUUGAAGCUUUACAGUGGUGGAAUGGAAGACCUCCUCCGGAUGGUCUGUUACUGGGUUCGUAUAUUCUGUUGACAGGAGUUGCUUGCAUCCCGAUAGUCAUUCUCCACUUCCCUCAUGUUCAGUCAGCAAAGAGAUUCCUGGUCCUUGUUGUGGCUACAGGCCUUCUCUUUGUUAUUAUGCAGCCUCCUAUUAAGCUAUCAUGGGUAUACCAUUCACAAUUAAUCUCAGCAGCACAUUUAACUGAUGAUGACACUUCAAUAUAUGGGUUUGUAGCAUCAAAGCCCACGUGGCCAUCAUGGCUGCUCAUCACAACUGUGGUACUUACAUUAGCGGCAGUUACAUCCAUCAUCCCAGUGAAGUAUGUUGUUGAGUUGAGGGCUUUGUAUGGAGUGGCGGUUGGGGUCACACUAGGCAUCUAUAUAUGUGUUCAGUACUUCUUCCAGGCAGUUGUUCUGUAUCCUCUUCUUGUUGCAACAAUUGUCUCUGCGGCAGUCUUCGUUGUAUUCACCCAUCUCCCUUCUGAAUCCAGCACAAGGGUUUUGCCAUGGGUGUUCUCUUUCUUGGUAGCUUUGUUCCCAGUCACCUAUCUGCUUGAAGGACAAUUAAGAGCCAAAAAUUUUGCAGAUGAGGAUGAAGCAGAGAAGUUCACCAACAUGUUGGCUGUAGAAGGGGCAAGAAUGUCACUUUUGGGUCUCUAUGCUGCUAUUUUCAUGAUCAUUGCAUUGGAGAUUAAGUUUGAACUGGCUUUGCUACUGCGUGACAAGGCUGCAGACAGAGGCGUAACACAUGGCCCAUCUAGUCGGAGCUCUGCCUUCCCACCCAAAGCAAGGCUGCUCCAGCAACGUAGAGCUCAUGCUGCACCAACAUUCACCAUCAAGAGAUUGGCAGCUGAGGCAGCUUGGAUGCCUGCGAUUGGCAAUGUUUCUACUGUGCUGUGCUUCAUCAUCUGCCUUGUUCUCAAUAUAACCCUGACUGGUGGCUCGAACCGUGCUAUCUUCUUCCUAGCACCCAUCCUUCUGCUUUUGAACCAGGAUUCAGAUAUCUUUGCAGGAUUUGGUGACAGGCAGCGCUAUUUCCCUGUAACAAUUUCUAUUUCUGGGUAUUUGCUAUUGACAGCAUUGUAUAGGAUAUGGGAGGAGACUUGGCCUGGCAAUGGAGGAUGGGCUCUUGAUAUUGGGGGCCCAGGCUGGCUAUUCGCUGUGAAAAAUGUCGCUCUUCUUGUUCUGACAUUACCCAAUCACAUUCUCUUCAACCGCUUCAUGUGGGAUUAUGUCAGACAGACAGAUGCAAAGCUACUGUUGACUCUACCUCUCAACUUGCCCUCGAUUAUAAUGACAGACAUACUUACUAUUCGGGUGUUAGGAUUGCUAGGAGCUAUGUACUCUCUUGCCCAGUACCUGAUAUCAAGGCGGAUAAGAAUUGCUGGGAUGAAAUACAUUUAAAAUAGGAUAUGUAACUUUUUGAGGCUAUCAUACAUCAACUUUCAGAUGCUCAGGAAUAGAGACAUGUUUGCCUGGUCGGCUCGGAGGUAGCAGAGACAAAAAAGGGUUGAAUGGAUGCCUUUGCUUUUGUACUGAAUGAUCUGUAUAUGGAGUGUACACCCCAAAGGUGUUGUAGCAUAUAUAGAUGAUGUUGACCUGCACAUAUGAUGCCAUCACCUUGGGCCAUUUACUUUGAACUUUUGAUGGUGCAACAUUUUGCGACGAAUACUUUUUGACUGGCCUGAGCAAAAGACUUUGUACAUCUUGGUAGAUUGUUUCUUGCCUAAAUGACUUAAUCAGUUAAUCCAGAAUGGCAGGACAUGUCAAUGUUUUUCCAUAUA